GAUUGUCACCUGAUACACCAUUUUACCCAAGUCAACAACAGCUUGUAUUCUUUUCCUACAACCAAUCGAGACAUUAAUUUAUAGUCUGAUGAAUCAAGGAUCGGGCUCUAACAUUAUCACGGUGGGUUAAACACCAGUCAUCGUUGAUAUUUGUAUUGGUGGAUGAAUAUGUUGCCAUGUUCAACUGUCCUCCCGAUUCGAGUUUCCAAUGACAUAGCCUGCAGUGCAGGAAGAUGUGUUCUAGAACCAUACUCUUCGGUUCUACCCCAAGACCAAUGUGAAUACAAAGGACGCUUCAUUUAUGCAAUGAAUCCAAGUCGAUGAGGGGAGAGAGGAGAGGAUAGGGAGAGCAGGGUGGCGAAUACAAAAGGGGAGUGGAAACCAGAGCAGAUGACUGAAUGAGGUGAGAACAGAGGAGUACCAAAGCCCCAGCACAGGUAGUCUUUGUAUGACCUUGAAUAAAAAUAUUUCUCAAUGCUCAAAUCCCAAUAUCAUCCGAACCAAGACGUCUGAAACCACCGGCAACCCCCAGGCUGUUACAGCAGAAAGCUUAUUUUCCAGUAUCUAAGUCGACUUGGACACCAAGGAACGAUUCAUAUAGUUGCUGAGAAGGUUGGCUCUUUAAUCUACGAAGCUAUGGCUAUGCAAACCAUUGAUCGACACUGCUGAAAACUAGAGCGCAAUCGAGCAUCAUUCCGUGCAGUCUUCCAUCUCAAUUGUCCUCUUGCAAGAAUAUUAUUCCCACGAGCACAAGAUACGUUUUGAUGAUAGGAGAAGCCCCCUUUCCUCCCCCUUUUAGUUUGUACAUGACAAGCGCCAUGACGAUAUAUCGCCAUGCGCUUGUGAAUAGUUCUGGUUGAAUGACCGCGGACGGAUUACCAAGACGUCGAUGAAAACGAAAUAGCCCUCUGCCAAAAUACGUACGGUGGUUCGAUUUUAGCGUGUGUAGGUGUAAAUGCUAGUGGUGUGUACUGCGUUGGACGUACUGUCCAGAUUAUAUAAAUGCGUGUUACCCUUAACCACUUGUACCCAUAAUGAUGAAAUGCCGAGCGAUAAUACAACAAUUACAAGUGAAUCUUCAAAAAUUGAAUUGAAUGGAACAAUUGCAUUCUAUUACAGCAAAUUGUUCCAAAUCUGCUGAAUCUUUUUAUUGUCAAGAUAUAACCCAAACAAUAGAAAAAAGAUCAUUUUCGCGAUCAAUAGAAAAUUUAUUUUCUGCCGUGCAAUAAUAACAUUGUACCUUCCCUGCGCGCGUGAAGAAGUCCCCAAAGUUGAACUGGUCGCUUGCUAUUGCCCGUACCAUAUUGGACAUUACACCUCCAGACACUAACUGAUAUUUAAUUGAACUUACGUUGGAUUCUAUCUUCAAUCAAAUAAUAUGAUCUGCGAACAUCACACUCUUCAAUGUCUUUAAACAGAAGAACUACAAGAAAAUCCGAAGCUCUUACAAGUUCAUCUGGAAACACAAUCGCGAUGGCUCCAGGCGUCAACCACAACCAUGGAUCGUACACACACACAUACUCGCAGUCCAAUAUGAAUGGCAGAAAACGGGCACGAGAAUCUGCUGAUAGCGACGAUCAUCUAUUAUCCAAAGCGAAGAAAUCAAAGCUCGCCAUCGAGAUACCAGCUCCAAAAUUAAAAUCGCUUCCACCAAGAAAACGAUCAGGCGUCAUCAAGUCGAACGCGAAUCCCGACUCUGCGAACUCCGUGCAACAUCCACAAAUAGCAACAACAGCAGAUGUACGAACAGCACAUCCAUCAUCCCAGAAUUCACAACAACAACAACAACCACCUCCUACAAAACACCAGAACAAAGUUGCCAAUGGCAUCAAACACGAGCUGGAUAGGUUACAGGACAAGCUUUUACAGGCGGACAAGGCCGAUUUGAAGGAUGAAAGGCGGAAGCUUCGAUCUCAAGAAGGGACAAAAUUCAAAAGUGAAUUGUCUGCAUAUUUCCCAGAGUACGAUGAAGUCAUUGGAAAUGUUCCCAAGGAAGAACAUUUCUUAGAUGUCGAUACGCCAAUCAUUAUAAUCGAUAGCUCCAAGCCUUCUUUCAAACCUCUGCGUGCCUCCAAGAAGAAGGAACCAAACAACGAAUAUGCGGUGAAAGAAUACCCAUCCUCUCUCUUCACCAAUCUUCAUGGCACAUACAAAGUGGACUUUUCCGAAUUUACUCCUAUGGACUGCGAUGAGGACCCUCUAUCUGAGGAGCACUUUAAGACACUCCACAAACGGCCAGAACGCCAAGAAAAAGCUGUGCGAAAUGCAGACAAAAGCCGAGCUCAACAUGAGAGAGAUUCAGUCAUUCGACUGAUGGAAGGACUACAAGGGCCGGACUGGCUGAAGACCCUCGGAGUUAGCGGCAUUACUGAGGGUAGGAAGAAGGAGUUCGAAUCAGCACGUCAAUACUUCAUCAAAGGGUGCGAGUCGAUCCUUGAAAAAUUCCGGAUCUGGAAGGAUGAUGAGAAGCAAAGAAAGUUGAAGAAAGAGCGCGCCGUAGCCGAAGCACAAGCAAGAGCUGAGGCAGAAUCACAAGCAGGCGAGGACUCAGAUGAUGAUCUCGAAAGUAACGGUGAUCCUCCUGACCUUAGCGAUAUCGAUGCCUCCGCAGCAAGACAAUUGCACGAUGAGGCAAUUGCCAGUUCUACUCCUCGACCAAAGGCUAGAACAAACUCUAUACUUGCCGGUACACCUGCUGUUGAGAAGGAAUUUAAAUCAUUCUUCGCAAAGCCAUAUUUGCGCGAAGCCGCACUUGGAAAGCACAGGCGUAGUGGUAGAACUGUCGCCGCCUGGGGACAUCCUGUUCCUGAACUUCCAGAAGUAGCUGAAUUCGAUUUGCCGGAGGAAUUUCUUGAUGAGGAAACAUUAAAAACUCAUGCGAGAAAGAAGAGAAGAGACAGGAGAAUUGCAAAAGAUUGAAUAUGCAGGUCCAGGCGAAUAUAGGGCUGGGGAGUAUGGGAGAAAUGUCAAUUUGAAAGUGCUUCAGUUGACUUGGGAUGUACAAUAUGGUGGGUUGGGUAUGCAUGACCAUGGAAAAUUGGUCCUGGGGAGUUAUAUUUGUUGACCUUUGCUAAAAUUACUUGUAUAACUUGUACACUACUAUGGAACUAAUGGAAGGCAAGGUUGUGUUAGAUGAAUACUAUAUUAUUGUCUCCGAGA